AUGUACGAAAGAUCUAAAGGCCUGGUUUUGGGAGCAAAUGUUGUAAGGUCUACAUCCGCCAACAUCCACCCAAUAAAUAUGAAGCUCUUGAUGAAGCGGAUCAGUUUAAAGCUCGUCUGGAAGCCAAAUGUAAUUCCAGAGAUAGACGUACUUAAAAUUCUCCAAUUUAGUGGAUUUGGACUGCUAUCCAAAUAUAGUUGUGAUAAAAUUAUGAAGUUCCAUCGACAAACAUGGACAAAAGAACUGGAUUCUUUCCAGCAAAAUAUCCCCAUGCUAAUGAAAUUAAAAACGCUGCGCCUUCCACACUAUCGGGGAAAAUUUGGUAAAGACUGCAAUAAAUCGGUAGUGUAA